AUGAAAUAUAAUAAUAUCCAUUUUUCUUCAUCGACAUCUUUGAAGGAUGUACGUCAAGAGAGUGAAAAUCUUCUUUUAGAACCACUUCUUUCAUCAAGUCAACAAACGAGACAAUCUACUAGUGAUUUAUUCGUAAGUGAAGAACCACGAGAUUUUCGAUCCACUUGUUUUAAUUACAUCUCGAGGUUGAAACACUUGUAUUGUACCAUGACUAUUCCAUCAUCAAGUAAAUAUUGUUAUGAUAUAUUAAAAUGGAUUCCAGUCAUUUUUAUUGUUGGAAUUCUCGGAUGGUCUUAUUAUGCUUAUGUUGUACAAAUGUGCAUUUUAACUAUUGACAACGUUCCUAAAAAAGUGAUGUACUUAUGUGUUUAUCAUUCCUUAUUAAUUCUGUUUUUGUGGUCAUAUUAUCGAACAGUAUUUGAACCUUUACGUGGACCAACUAGAGAGUUUUACAUUGGUGAAGUUGACGGUGAACAUAUAUCUGCUGCACAAACAGUUAAUGAAAGACGCACGGCUCUUGUGCGACUUUCUCGUGAAGCAAAUUUACCAUUGUUAACUCGGCAUAUCGAUGGAAGUAUUCGUUAUUGUUUCAUAUGUCGAUGCAUAAAACCUGAUCGAGCUCAUCAUUGUUCAGUCUGUGAAAAAUGCGUUCUUAGAUAUGAUCAUCAUUGCCCAUGGACAAAUAGUUGUAUUUCAUAUGGAAAUUAUAAAUAUUUUAUAUUAUUUCUUGCUUGGUCAUUUAUUUUUUGUAUUUUUGUGGCUGGAACAUCGUUUGAAUAUUUUAUUCUAUUUUGGCAGAGUGUGACGAAUAUGGAUCAAACUCAAAGCCAUUCAAUGUCAUCGAGUGGAAAAUUUCAUUUACUUUUUCUUUUUUUUGUUGCAAUUGUCUUUGCCAUCAGUAUAUCAUCAUUAUUUUUUUAUCAUUUAUUUUUAAUUGGAAAAAAUCGAACGACAGUCGAAUCAUAUCGAACUCCAGUAUUUACUAAUGGACCUCAAAAAGACGGUUUUGAUUUGGGUUUUAAACAAAAUUUUCAAGAAAUAUUUGGAAACAAUUUUAUGAAAGCGAUUGCACCAAUAUAUACAACUCGAGGUGAUGGAGUUAAUUAUCCCAUAAAUACUAUGAUAUUGGAAGCUUUGGAACAACAAUCUAGAAGCCCCAAUAGAGAUAUUAUUUUGCCUCUUGAUACGCCAUCAAGUUCAAUAAAUAAUGAUCGAAAUCACCUGUUGACUGGCAAUACGAACAACCAAUAA